AUGAAAGCACAUUGGCAUCCACAGUUUGUAAUAACCGAUCAAUGUGCAUCAACGAAACAAGCAAUUCCGAUAGCUUUUCUAGAUGCUACCCAUCGAUUGUGUAUGUGGCACAUAACAAAAGAAGUAAAGGACAAGAUUAGUGACUAUUUAGCCCAUAGCAUCUCGUUCAAAAGAGAAUUCAACAAGCUCGUAUGGAAUGUCCACAUAGGUCCGAAAAUUUUUGAAGAAAAAUGGAAUGCCAUGAUGGAUGAGUAUGGCUUACGGGGUCACUCAUGCGGCGAAUGUGUACACGAAAAUGAUUUUUUUGAUGCACAAAAAGAAAUGAACAAGGCAGUAUGGUUCUGUGGGGUUGUCGACAUCCUAGAGGUCGGUGAUAAGAAGAUUUACAAUAUUACGCAUAAGAACAGGAAUUCUGAGGUGAAAGCUGCGUACAAGGUAGUUCAUGAUAUUAAGGAAGAGUCUUUUGAUUGUAGUUGCAACCAUUUUGUUCGCAAUGGUAUAUUAUAUCGCCACGCGUUUAAGAGAGUUAGUUCCGUUGAGUUGUUGCCGGCUCGUGCCAGGUAUGGUGAAAUGGAUGUUGAGAAUCAAGUUAUGAUCAACCAGGCUGUAUCAAUGUUUGAUCUUAUUAUUGGGCGUGUACGCAAUGAUAAGAAUUCGUUGGCAAAGUUUGUGGACCAAUUGGAACAGUGGAGUGAUGAAAUUUUAAUCGAUGUUCCUAUAUUGACAGGUACUGAACAGAAGAGAAAUGAUAUUCAGGAGCUCUUGUGUGUUUCCGAACCUGAAUCAGUUGAUUUCUUACCCCUAACCGGGAUAUGUAAUAAAGGUUGUGAAACCACGAAACGUCUUGUUGGUAUGUCAGAGAGGGCAUCCGUUAAUGCAAAGAAACCCAAAAGAUUGUGCAGAACUUGUGAGAAAAUGGGUUGGCAUGAUUCUCGCAAUUGUCCGUCAAAAAGCGACGGUUCAUAUAAUGGUUCAUAUGUUAAUGCUGUUAAACAUGUUUAUACAAAGCAAACAGUGAAACCAUUUCAUAACAAUGAACAGAUGUAUGUUCUCAUAAGAUUGAAAUAG